CUUCACCCCGCGCGGCUGUCAGAGUCCAAGCGUAAAGAGAGCGAUAACGGAUAAUUUUAACAUGAUGGGAAUUAACCGAAGACAGACGGAGCUCUGCAAUUAACAACACAAUGGUGGGGUAUUAGAGGAGUUUACCAUGCAGCGAACAACAAUCUGACUGUGGAAUAACACUUUCGAGAAAUUGAUGAAAAGUACAGGGGCAAAUACUUUUGAUUUGACCUUGGUCAACAGAAAUUGAAGAUAAAGAAUUCCAACAAGUUAUGUAAGUUAUACCUGUAUGCAAAGAGAAAAGUAAUAAUAAAAAACGUGUAAUCUUGUAAUUCACAAUUAAAUGAGUUUAUAGUUUUUACCAGAGCUUGAAAUGCAGAGCACAUGGAGUGAUUCAUUAUUCUUCAGAACAGAACAUUCGACGUGAGAAAUCUAUCCCAUUUGAAAAUUCGAGUCAUUGCUAGGAAGUGUUACUUCUCAAUUAAACUCAAUUCAAUAAACUGUAUUUAUCCUCAAAGGGAUGUAGGCUACUUGCUGUGCAGGCAGACCAUAUACAGUACAAUAACUUUAUAGAUAUACAUAUAACCAACAUAUAGGCAGUGGUGAAAAAAGUACUCAAUUGUCAUACUUGAGUAAAAUUAAAGAUACCUUAAUAGAAAAUGUCUCAAGUAAAAAUGAAAGUCACCCAGUAAAAUACUACUUGAGUAAAAGUCUAAAAGGAUUUGGUUUUAAAUAUACUUAAGUAUUAAAAGUGAAAGUGAAAGUAAAAAUCAUUUAAAAUUCCUUAUAUUAAACAAGAUGGCACAAUUUUCUUUAAAAAAUAAAUAAUAAUUUACAGAAAGCCAGGGGCACACUCCAACACUCAGACAUAAUUUACAAACGAAGCAUGUGUGUUUAGUGAGUCUGCCAGAUCAGAGGCAGUAGGGAUGACCAGGGAUGUUCUCUUGAUAAGCAUGUGAAUUGGACCCUUUUCAUGGCCUGCUAAGCCUUCAAAAUGUAAUGAGUACUUUUGGGUGUCAGGGAAAAUGUAUGGGGUAAAAAGUAAAUUAUUUUCUUUAGGAAUGUAGUGAAGUAAAAGUAAAAGUAGUCAAAAAUAUAAAUAGUAAAGUAAAGUACAGAUACCCCAAAAAACGUCUUAAGUAGUAGUUUAACAUAUUUUUACUUAAGUACUUUACACCACUGAAUAUGGAGUUGGUCCCCCCUUUGCUGCUAUAACAGCCUCCACUCUCCCCCCUUUGCUGCUAACACACGCACACUCUAAUUUCAUGUAAUCUGAUAGUCAAAUUAACUGAUAACUAAAAUAGCAGUGCAGCAGGCACUAUUUUGGUAAGUGCAGACAUGUAUUAUAGGUAAUGAAUGUGUACUGUAGCAGACUUCUGACUUUGCAGCGCAGCAGAAAGUUCAGCAUACCCCAAAUCCGGAGGUUGUGAGUUCAAAUUCCUGGUGAAGUCAUAUUGAAAAGUCAGUACUAAGUGAUCAUGUCAAAUGUAAUCAUAUUGUCAUUGAUUAAUAUCAUACUAGCCCCCUGUGUAGCUCAGUUGGUAGAGCAUGGUGCUUGCAAUGCCAGGGUUGUGGGUUCGAUUCCCACAGGGGGCCAGUAUGAGAAAAUGUAUGCACUCACUAAAACUGUAAAUCGCUCUGGAUAAGAGCGUCUGCUAAAAUGUAAUUGAAUUUAGACUGUUUUAGAUUAACAGCGUAUCACUAACCUUAAAACACUCAUUUCAUUACUACUUAUAAUGGUUUGGGACAUAAGGUGACAAAAACCUCCAUGGGACCAUGACACAACUUCCCAAGAAUGUCCUAAAAACAUCCCUGUGGACGUCCCCGGGACAAACCGGGAACUAGACAAAACCUCUAGGGGACAAUGACACAACGUCCCAAGAAUGUCCUAAAAACAUCCCCGUGGACAUCCCCGGGACAAACCGGGAACUAGACAAAACCUCCAGGGGACCAUGACACACCGACCUGACCACUUUAGGCAACCAUUGUGAUGUUCCGGGGACGUUCUAAUGACUACUUUUUCUUUGCAGGGACGUUCCCUUGGGACCAUCAUACAUCCUAAUGACUAGUAAAAAUGAAAUUCCUGAGAAUGUGCGAAAAAGUCCUGACAUGGUCCUCAGUGACAUCCAGGUAACUUUAGGGAACUAGACAAAAGGUCCCUAAGAGAACGUUCCCUUGGGACCAUCAUGCGACCGUCCUAUUGACCAUCAUGAAACGUCCCCUUGUGGUCAUUGAAUGUCCCAUGGAUAACAUCCUUUCAGAACCAAAUAGGAACCUUUUCUGAACGUUCCCUAAAGAACAUCAAAAUAUAUUAUAACGUUAUACUGCGACCAAACCAGGACCUGUACUGAACGUCCUCUUAUGGUCCCGAGUUGAAUGUCAUGUUUUGUUCCUAGAACGUUCUCAGAAUGUCAGUGGAAUAACGUCCAGCCGAAACCCUUAAAGGGACCUAAUGGGAACAUUGUCCUUAAGAUGUCCCCUGUUUGCUGGGAAGAUCCCUCCCAAUGUGUUCUCCAAUCUCAUAAAACGUUUCAGAAAAAGGCUCAGUGUUGUUACCCUCAAAAGAGGAGGGUGCUGGAGUAUUGAAAACAGGGAUGCAAAUAAUUGUUACCCCUAUCUCUUUGAGAUGUUUUAAUUUGUAUUACUUGUUAACUAAAUCUAUUUUUUUGCAUACAAUAUAGCUCAGUAUUUGUAUUAUUGAUUUGAUACAGUCUUUUUUCUCAUCUUUAUCAAGUGUGCCAAUAAUUUCUGACCUUACUGUACAUUUUAACUCUCCAGGCUCGGGUUUUAGAACAAGUAAUCUUCUCAGGACGUUCCCAGAGACCUCCACAUCAUUUCCUGAGCAAGGUGAUUUUUUUUUUUUACAGGAAUAUAUAUUUAGCCCAACAUUUAAGGAGUUUAAGCAACAGAGCAAAUAACUAGUAGAGCAUGGUUAUCAAACAUAUUGUACAAAUGUUUAUUCAGUUAAAUCCUUAAUUUUUUUUCUUCAGUUUGCAUACCUGGGGCGGCAGGUAGCUUAGUGGUUAAGAGCGUUGUGCCAGUAACCGAAAGGUCGCUGGUUCUAAUCCCCGAGCCGACUAGGUGAAAAAUCUGUCGAUGUGCCCUUGAGCAAGGCACUUAACCCUAAUUGCUCCUGUAAGUCGCUCUGGAUAAGAGCGUCUGAUAAAUGACGUAAAUGUGAGUGCAUGUGUUACGAACCGGCUCGUAGCCUGUAACAAAGAGGGAGACAACGCAGAGCUAAAGAAAUAACCAGAGCCCAGGUAUGUCCCAUUUCACUGAUGACCCUCCCAGCUCUGCCCACCAACAUCCUAUUAAGGAAAACAAGAGCAGAGAGAAAGAAUUCGGCAGAGUGGGAGGGUCGUCACACAUGCAUGAACUGACCUUUGUUUCUAUCUAUUGUUCUUUUGCAUCACCACAGAAUGAAAUUAAGAUGUGCCUUUUCAAGCAGACUGUGGAAGAAGCAUUUCAUUUAUUCUUUAUCGUUGCUGCUGGUGAUCUGUGCCUUGCUGCUGCUCUGCCUGAAGGUCACUGUUAAAUACAGCAUUACCAUUGAAACCUAUGGGACUACUGCAGGCCACCAUGACGUUGAGCUGCUCCACCGCUACAAUAUUGACUGCAAUGCCAUCUACGACAUGGAACCGGCCGAGUUGGGGAAGUCGCUGGUCAUCAGAAAACAGGCGGUGGUGGAGGAGCAGGACAAGAGCUUGGUCAACCUGACCUCUAACUGCCCGCGAUACCUCGACUCCCGGGGCUAUGGGGCUGUCCAGGUGUCUGAGGAGGAGCAGGCCUUCCCCCUGGCCUACUCACUGGUGGUCCACAAGUCUGCCUCCAUGGUGGAGAAGAUCCUCAGGGCCAUCUACACCCCUAACAACAUCUACUGUAUCCACUACGACCUGAAGUCAUCAGAACUGUUCAGAGAGUCCAUGGAGGGUUUGGCUCGCUGUCUGCCCAACGUCUUCAUCGCCUCUAAGCUGGAGGCAGUGAAGUAUGCCAGCAUCAGCCGCCUCAGUGCUGACCUCAACUGCCUGUCUGACCUCAUAGGGUCAGAGGUCAAGUGGAGGUAUGUCAUCAACCUGUGCGGUCAGGACUUUCCCCUGCGCUCCAACAUAGAGCUGGUGGCUGACCUGAAGAAGCUCCGGGGGGGUAACAUGGUGGAGACAAGUCGCCCCAGCGAAUACAAGAAGCAGCGUUUCUCCUUCCACCACGAGCUGCAGAACACAUCAUUCGAGUACCACCAACUGCCGGUAAAAACCAACAAGGCCAAGGGGCCUCCGCCGCACGGCAUCCAGAUGUUCAUCGGCAGCGCGUACUUCGUGCUCUCGCGGGAGUUCGUCACUUAUGUGAACACGUCUGCGCUGGCCAGGGACUUCCUAGUGUGGUCAAAAGACACCUACUCCCCAGACGAACACUUCUGGGCCACGCUGACACGGGUGCCGGGCGUGCCGGGCGAGGUGCCCCGGGCCCAGGCCGACGUCACAGACCUGAUGAGUAAGACCAGGCUGGUGAAGUGGAACUACCUGGAGGGACCGCUUUACCCAUCAUGCACAGGGAAACACGUCCGCAGUGUGUGUAUCUAUGGGGCGGGGGAGCUGCGCUGGCUCCUGAACUACGGCAGCUGGUUCGCCAAUAAGGUGGAUCCCAAAGUUGACCCGGUCCUUAUCCAGUGUCUUGAGGAUAAAUUACAGGAGAAACAGAGACUCUUGGUCAAGGCUAUGAAGUCACAGCAAAAUAUUCCCUCCUCUGGAAAAGCUUAAAUAAAUGGAUGAUUGGUUAUUAAUGGGUUUUUCUUUGAGUUGAUUAUGUCAGAAACUCAAUUAAGUGGAAUGUUGGAUGAGAUAGUGGAAUGCUGGAUGAGAUAGACUUGGGUAUCUAUGUUAGGGUUAUACUCUUGUUUUGCAACUUGAGACUUGAAGUGGGGAAUGUUUGUGAUAGUCUGACCUUUAUGUAAUAUGGAUUAGGGUAACCAGGGUAUAGCCUCGGCUCCUAGGGUGAAAGCAUGUGAAAACCAGGGUAUGAUGACUAUGUACACUGCAUUCAGAAAGUAUUCACAUCCCUUGACAUUUUCCAGAUUUUGUUGUGU